CUUGAAGAUUCACUACACUACUUCUCUCCUGCACCCACAAUCCUUCUCUACAGAGAAACAUAAACAUGAACUUGGACGGCUUCCACAAGGCUUUAGCGGACUUUCAAGGGCACUGCUCCACGCUGCUGGGCAACCUGACCCGUCAGCAGCCCAUCCGCAGCCCAUUUCCCUUCCUUAACCGGAGCCCGCCCUGGGCCCGGAUAGCCCAAGGCGGGAGGAGCAGGCCCAUGACGGUGGAGGCAAUCGAGGAGCGUCUAGAGGGCAUACCCGUCUACGCCCUCAGCAACGCCUCCGAGGAGUUUCUGUUGGUCUCGGGCUCUUCCUCCGGCAAAAACCUCGGCCUCUUCUGCUUCAACAAGGACGACGCCGAGGCUCUCCUCAAUCAGGUUACCCUCAUUGACCCACACGCGCGCCAUGGCUCCAAAGUUGUCCCCGUCGCUCUCAACAAGGUCUUUCAGCUCAAGGUGAACGGCGUUGCGUUUCGCUUGAUACCCGAGUUUUCUCAAGUCAAGAAUGCCCUGAAAGAGAGGGAAAAAUCUGGAUUUGCUUCCAGUGGCUUUUCUGGUGUUCCAGUUUUCCAGUCCAGAAGUCUGAUAUUGAAGAGCCAGAAUAAGAGAUAUCGUCCACUUUUCUUCAGAAAGGAGGACUUAGAAAAUACACUUCAAUCCGCAGCCCGUGAGCAGAAUAAAUUAAAUCCCUCUAUUAGACAAGGGGAUAUCCAGGUUGCCAGUCUAGAGGAUGUAAUAAAAGAAAUGAAGGAAAAUUCUACAUCGAACUGGGAUGAUGUUGUUUUUAUACCUCCUGGAUUUGAUGUUUCAGACGACUCCAAUUAGCAGUAUUGCAGGAUGAUGAUCUUUCAUGUCACCUUUUAUACUCUGGUAUUAGCUUUUAAUCCAUGGCACGUGACAAACAAUUAUUUAGGCUUUGUGCAUACAACAAACUUCUGACUGCAAACUCUUAUACAAUGUCUUCAAUAUGAAACGUUAUUGGAAAUAUUGAAUUUUGCUUUUUUUCCUUUGCUUUUCAUUAUCAAGUAGGUUUUAGCAGACUUGAUAAUCUUUAUUACUAAUGUACACUAACUGAAGUCUGAA